AUGAAGGGAAAGUAUGACCCCUACGAGGAGCAGAGCAUCUUUCAGAAAUGCACGUGCCGCUCGAAGAACGGCGACAGCUUUUUGGCCUGGAUGCUGGGAUAUGACGAUGAGAAGUCGGAGGACGUUCACCACCGAGCAGAGCAAAGAGCCCAAUAUGCGCCCAAGAGUUUGUUGAAUGCCUUGGAAUCAGCCAAGUAG